GCUGGCAGAUGCCUUCAGUUUCCUAUUCGAAGAGCUUAAAGAGAUGUUUCCGCCACCCGAGGAGGCUCCCGGUCACGAGAACCGUACGAUGAUGAUUAAUACGGUGCUUGACCGCAUCGAGGAGGGUUUUCUACCGUUCGCCAUCAAGCUCGGAGUGAGCGAAGAACUGCUGAAAAGUCACUCUACUUCCCUCAAGUUCGAUGUUCAACGUGUUGCCGUGACCAUAGGAGACCUUGUUGAACAGCAUCCCGACAUCGCCAAUGCCCUCGUGUUCGUUGCGACUGCAGAGAUUUUUGUACCUCUGAUUGGAAUGUUGCUUGAGGGGUGGUUACUUCGCUUGGUUCUCCGUUUUGUCGGAUUUGGACCACAAGGACCAAUUAAAGGUGGAAUUGCUGCGUGGGUGCAACGAUGGCUGUUUGGUCCCGCCACCCCACAGGGUAGCUGGUUUGCGGUGCUUCAGCGCCUAGCCAUGAUAGGUGCGAAGAUUUGAGUGGCCUUGAAGUUGUCCGAGUUCCAGCAGGCGUUUGCAUCACAUUGAAAUUUUACGUUUGUACAUUAGAUGUGAUUUAUUGAUACCCCAGGUCCUCAAGUGUACUAGUAUUUCAUAUUUCAUUUUGUGAAUGCGCUUGCCUGUGAGCAUUACAUCUUCAUGAAAUUGAGCCCAGUGCCAAAUGCUCGGAUCCGACCAAGCUCAGGAUUGAGCUCUUUUACGUGUUCGGGGCAGUAGCUAUUAAUAAGAACGACUGACGGUCUGGGCAUAUCGGGGAGAUUCUUGUUGGUCCACUGCAAUAAGUACGCGAACUUAAGACAUAAUGAAUUUUUACACGCAGUCGCGUGCUAGUACUGUUGCCGAGACAUAUCAGGAUGCUUUGAGGACUAGCGUGAAUUCCCGUUUUAGUAACACCGUGCGACGACAAAAUGCC